AUGGUCCUCGAAGCGGUCAUGGUCGUUGUCGACAAUAGCGAAAGCAGUCGCAAUGGCGACUACCAACCCACGAGAUACGACGCCCAGGCCGAUGCCGUCAACGUCAUUUUCCAGACCAUUACCAACGGCAACCCCGAGUCCUCAGUCGGCUUAAUGAGCAUGGGGGGUAAAGGCCCUGAGGUGUUGGUCACUCUCACGACAGAUCAGGGCAAAAUCCUGGAUGGUCUGCACCGCACGAAGACCAAGAUCAAGGGGACAUCACACCUGGCUACGGGCAUCCAAGUCGCCGGACUUGCCCUGAAGCACCGUCAGAACAAAUCCCAACGGCAACGGAUAAUCGUCUUCGUCUGCUCGCCCAUCGAAGAGGAAGAGAAGAAAUUAGUCCAGCUGGCCAAGAAAAUGAAGAAGGGCAAUGUCUCGGUCGAUUUCGUGCUUUUCGGCGAUCUGGACGAUGACGAUACGCAGAAGAAACUGCAGGCGUUCAAUGAGAGCGUCAAGGGUGGCGAAGGCUCUAACCUGGUCGUUAUUCCCCCGAGCAGCAAGCUUCUUAGCGACCAGCUCAUCUCGAGUCCGAUCCUUCUCGGUGACUCUGCUGGUGGAAGCGGUGGCGGCGGUGGUGGAAGUGGCGGCGGCGAGAGCAGCGGCGGUAACUUUGGCGAGUUUGACUUUGACCCUGCCAUGGACCCAGAGCUCGCUCUUGCGCUGCGCAUGAGUAUGGAGGACGAGAAGGCAAGGCAGGAGAAGAAGGCGCGGGAGGAGGCCGAGGCCGGGCAGAAGGGAUCGCUUGAGGAUAUCAAAGAAGAGGGUGAGAAUGCACCCCUCCUAAACAAGGACGGGGAGCCAAGCAAGAAGAACGACAAGAAAGACGAUGACACGAUGGACACCUCGUAA